AUGCCUUCAGUUCCGACGUUUCCUUCACAGUUGCUGCAAACACAACAAGAGUUUCGGCCGCAGCAGAAUGUGAAUACUGCUCUCCCGUCAGUCCCAGCGCAAGCACUGCCCAACAGAACGGCACCCCACGCGCCUCAGGUACCUGAAGUCUCUCCAACGUUAACCAUACCCGAGGAGCUUCUCCGCACGCGCACAGGAACCUCGGUUGUCGAAGAGGGCUCGAUCCUCGAUGCUUCCGGCAGAACGUACCACAGCUACAAGGAGGGCAAGUAUUUCCUGCCCAAUGACACAGCCGAGCAAGAUCGUCUGGACUUCCAACACGCCGCCAUCGCAUUGCUACUGAAUAAUCGGCUAGCGUGGGCGCCGAUGACGAACGUGCCUAACUACGUGAUGGAUGUUGCGACGGGCACGGGGAUCUGGGCAAUUGACUUUGCGGACCUCAACCCAACCUCGUAUGUCGUCGGCACAGACUUGAGUAAAAUCCAACCGCCCAACGCCCCGUUAAACUGCGAGUUCCUCCAGGAAGACUCCGAGGAGGACUGGGUGUACCCGCUAUACAAGUUUGACUACAUCCAUCUGCGCAUGGUUUAUACGUGCUUUGAUGAUCCUAGAAAGGUAAUUAGGCAGGCAUUUGAGAAUAUGAAUCCCGGGGGGUGGAUUGAGUUCCAGGAUAGCAGUAUUAUGCUUUUUUCUGGCACGGGCAAGAUUGCGGGUACCGGUUUAGAGCACUGGUCCAACGGCAUCCUGCACGGAGCUGCCGCAAAGGGACGGGAUAUACUGGUUUCGCAGCACUACAAGCGCUGGCUUAUUGAGGCAGGGUUCGUCGACGUCGUCGAACACAAGCUAGUUUGGCCUAUCGGCACCUGGCCUGAGGACCCCCGUAUGAAGGAAUGUGGGAAAUACAACGCGACGAAUUUGCAGGAGGGUGCGCGCGCUGUGGGCCUGAAGAUGCUGAGUGCGGCGGGGUUGGAGGCCGAGGAGAUCGAGGAUAUAGUUAGGAGGGUGAAGAGGGAGGCAACGGAUGAAAGCCUUCAGCCUUAUGGCCAUUUGUAA